AUGAAUGUUUUGGGUGUGUUGGAAGACGGACAAAUAAUAGCUGUAAAGCGGCUAUCAGAAACAUCCGAACAAGGGCUUGAUGAGUUCAGGAACGAAGUCAUUUGUAUUGCCAAACUACAACAUCGGAAUCUUGUGAAGCUCCUUGGAUAUUGCAUUCAUGGAAAUGAAAAGUUUUUGAUUUAUGAAUAUAUGGAUAAUAAAAGCUUGGACUCCUACUUGUCUGAUGAAACCAGAAGUUCAAUGCUUGACUGGCGUCAACGCUUUGGCAUUAUCCGUGGUAUUGCUCGAGGUAUUCUUUAUCUACAUCAGGAUUCUUGCCUUCAAAUCAUCCAUAGAGAUAUCAAGGCAGGCAAUGUCUUGUUAGAUAGUGAAAUGAAUCCAAAAAUAUCUGAUUUUGGGCUUGCUCGAAAGUUUGUUGGACAAGAUACCAUGGCUAAGACAAUGAAGGUGGUCGGAACAUAG